GGCGGUGGAGGGAGGUGCGCGCCGUGAGGGAGGUUGAGGGGUCGUCCCGCGCGCUCGGAGGUCUCGGCGAGGGCUGCCUUGUCAGCCUCCACAACACCCUCCGACUUGCCGCCGCUUCGGAACCCCCACAAACCCCACCUUUGCUCCCUGUCGACCCGCGGCAUCGAGCUCCAAGGGGGCGAUGUACGGAGGGCGGCCGGAAGUGGUGUUGGCCGCGGUGGGCCCGCGCGCAGCCUUCUCGCUGCCUUCCGCCGCUGGUUCGGUGUUAAAAGCAGCCAGGCUGUCAGGCCCCACCCCCUGGCCAGAUGGACCCCUCUGCCCCGAAGCCUCGCGCAGAAACCGCCGGGAAAGACCUAUGGCAUCCAGGAGAAAGAUGUCUUGCACCUUCUCCAGAUAGUGAAAAACUUUGUGAAGCAAGCAUAAAAUCUGUUGUAAAUGAAAAUGGAAAGUCAUUUGCAGUUGUUUUAUAUUCAGAUUUUCAUGAAAGGAAAGUACCUCUUAAAAGACUUCAAGAAAUAAAAACUGUUAAAGAUUGUUCCAAGAAUUUUAUAUUUGAUGAUGAAGAUUUGGAAAAACCUUACUUCCCAGACAGAAAAUUUCCAUCAUCUGCUAUUGCUUUUCAAUUAAUUGAAGGUGGAGACUCUAUUCCUUACACUAUUAAUAGAUACCUGAGAGACUACCAAAGGGAAGGAGCGCAGUUUCUCUAUGGACACUUCAUCAGAGGAAGGGGAUGUAUUCUUGGUGAUGACAUGGGACUUGGAAAAACAGUACAGGUUAUUUCGUUUUUGGCUGCAGUUUUACAUAAACAGGGAACUCGCGAGGAUAUUGAAAAUAACAUGCCAGCAUUUUUAUUAAGAAGUAUAAAAAAGGAGUCCCCUUCUAUAACAAAAAAGAUGUUCUUAAUAGUUGCUCCUCUUUCUGUUCUCUACAACUGGAGGGAUGAAUUGGACACCUGGGGAUAUUUCAGAGUCUCGAUUUUACAUGGUAACAAAAAAGAAAAUGAACUGAUUCGUGUGAAGCAGAGAAAAUGUGAAAUUGCUCUAACAACUUAUGAAACACUGCGUUUAUAUCUGGAUGAACUUAACAGUUUGGAAUGGUCAGCUAUAAUUGUGGAUGAAGCUCAUAGAAUCAAGAAUCCAAAGGCUAGAGUGACAGAAGUUAUGAAAGCUUUAAAAUGUAAUGUCCGCAUUGGUCUCACUGGAACCAUUCUUCAGAAUAACAUGAAGGAACUGUGGUGUGUUAUGGACUGGGCUGUGCCAGGACUUCUAGGUAGCAUGAGUUACUUCAAGAAGCAGUUUUCUGACCCAGUAGAACAUGGUCAGAGACACACAGCAACAAAAAGAGAACUAGCUACAGGUCGAAAGGCCAUGCAAAGGCUUGCAAAAAAGAUGUCCGGAUGGUUUCUCAGGCGAACCAAGACUCUUAUCAAGGAUCAGUUGCCUAAGAAGGAAGACCGGAUGGUGUAUUGCUCACUUACAGAUUUUCAGAAAGCUGUCUAUCAGACAGUAUUAGAAUCAGAAGAUGUGACUUUGAUACUUCAGUCUUCUGAGCCUUGUACAUGCAACAGUGGUCGCAAAAGGAGAAAUUGCUGUUAUAAGACCAAUUCACAUGGUGAAACAGUGAAAACCUUAUAUUUCAGUUACCUUGCAGUCCUUCAGAAGGUAGCUAACCAUGUUGCGCUGCUACAGACUAUUAGCACCUCCAAACAACAGGAAACACUUAUCAAAAGGAUAUGUGACAAGGUAUUUUCUAGAUUCCCAGACUUUGUGCAGAAAAGCAAAGAUGCUGCUUUUGAAACACUUUCUGAUCCAAAAUAUAGUGGAAAAAUGAAAGUCCUUCAGCAGCUUUUAAAUCAUUGCAGGAAAAACAAAGAUAAAGUUCUUCUUUUCUCCUUUUCCACCAAGCUGCUUGAUGUGCUGCAGCAGUAUUGUAUGGCAUCUGGGCUUGAUUUCCGACGACUUGAUGGAAGUACCAAAUCAGAAGAAAGAAUCAAGAUCGUGAAAGAGUUCAACAGCACACAAGAUGUUAACAUUUGCCUUGUUUCCACAAUGGCUGGUGGACUAGGUCUCAAUUUUGUUGGUGCCAAUGUUGUUGUAUUAUUUGAUCCUACUUGGAAUCCAGCCAAUGAUCUUCAAGCCAUUGACAGAGCAUAUAGGAUUGGACAAUGCAGGGAUGUCAAAGUGCUUAGGCUGAUAUCCUUGGGAACUGUGGAAGAGAUCAUGUACUUACGACAAAUAUACAAGCAGCAACUUCACUGUGUGGUGGUUGGAAGUGAAAAUGCCAAGCGAUAUUUUGAAGCAGUCCAAGGAUCAAAAGAGCAUCGAGGAGAGCUUUUUGGUGUCUGUAAUCUCUUCAAAUUAAGGUCCCAAGGAUCUUGUCUUACAAGGGACAUCCUGGAGAGAGAAGGUCAAGUGGAAGCUGGGAUCAUGACGGCCACAACAUGGUUGAAAGAGGAACCUGCAGUGCAUGAAGUAGACAUGUCUAGAGAGCCUGACUGUCAAGAACACAAAGAUCCAGAACAGCCACCAGAAACACUAGCAAAAGAAGCAUGUGAUUUCUGCAGUGAUUUUAGUGAUGAUGAAUCAGGAGGGAACUCUAGGAUAAAGACUGUUAAAAACAAAGUAUCUGAUCUACAAAAAGCUUCAGGUUCUUCUGGACAACUUUCCUUGCUUCAUUGUGGUUUCUCUAAAUUGUUUGACACAAAAUAUAGAUCAGCUGAAGACAGUGAUGGAAAUAAUGCAUCUGGUGAUGAACAGCCCACAGGUCUUUCAAUAGAAACCAAAGAUCUUGGUUGUCAGGAAAAUCAAAACUGUCUUGGUACUUCAAAACAUCAGAAAUUAGCCGAUAUCCUAAAUCCAAAUGAAAAAUGUAUGUUUGACAAAAGUGAGAUUUUAGAGCAGAGUAUUUCUUCUGAGUCUGAUAAUGAGAAAAAAUUAAAAAAUACAAUUGACCACCAUUGUAUUUUACAGAAUGUCACAGAGUCAGGUGAUAGUGAUAUCAUCUUCCCUACACAAUAUACUACUCAGAGAUUGCCUAGAAAUGACAUAAAGAUUAAGUCACCCAUGGAUGGAUCUGAAAAUUCUGAAACAGAAAGCCCUGUAAAAAUAAGAAAUAAUGGUGAUGAUAGCGAGACUAGUAUAGGAGGGGUUAGACUAAUUUCAAAGCAAUUAAGUCCAGAGAACCCAACCUUGGGAUCUAUUAUGAAAAGAAAAGGAGCUACUGAUAUUAGUGAUGAGUCUGAUGACAUUGACAUUUCCCCCAAGUCAAGAGUGAGAAAGCAAAGAAGUACUCGUUCUUUGAAGAUUAAAAGCAAAAAGGAAAAGAAAAAGAAAGCUUAUACUUUUCUUAAAGCAAUGAAGGAAACAAAUGCAGUGGAUGAAGAUGGUAACUCUCAGGCUAUUGAUUAUUUUUCAUCCUCAGAUGAUGAUUUAUCUGUCGCCCACAUCAGUUUCUCUAAACAAAAAUAUAGCUCCAAAGCUGUAAAAGAUAAAAACAGUUUUUCUUCAAAACUGCCUAACCAUAAGAAAAAUAACACUUUCCUACCAAGAAAACCCAUGAAAUCUUCGAAGGAGAGAGUCAUCAGUCAAGAGCAAACAUAUGAAUCAGUGGACAAACUUUUAGAUGGUGUUCAGGAAGUGGCUUACAUUCACUCAAACCAGAAUGUUAUUGGAUCAAGCAAAGCUGAAAAUCACAUGAGCCGAUGGGCAGCUCGUGAUGUAUUUGAAUUGAAACAGUUUUCUCAGCUUCCUGCCAACAUAGCUGUUUGUACUUCUGAGAUACAUACAGAAAAAAGGAAAUCAGAUACAUUGGGGCAUGCAAAGAAAGACCAACAACCAAGUGAAGGAAGUUCUUCAUUUUCCCUUUACCUUUCACACCCAGUAAGCCAGAAGAAGAAGAAGAAAAUCUAUCAUGCAGACCAGACUACCUUCAUAAUUGGAGAAACACCCAAAGUAUUCCGCAGGAAACAAUUUGAAGAAAUGUCCUCUUUUUUUAAGUUUUCAUCUAAAAAGGAAUUUGCUGAACAUAUAACGAAUGCCACUUCAGAAGAAAGACAGAAAAUGCUAAAAGACUUUUAUGUUUCUCAGUAUCCAGAGGUAGAAGAAUUUUUUGUGGAUUCUGCAUCAGAAUCCAUUAACUCUGCCAAUGAAGAAGGAAAGAGAAUCAGGAGUAAGCCUGAAAAAAGAAAAUCUAUUAUAAAAGAAAGAUUGUCAGAGUCUGAAACUUUGUCACUUAAAGAUUCUAUCAAAAACAAUUCUCAAAUGUGUAUCCCAAAAGUAUACAAGAGGAAAUCAAUUAAAUUCCAAAAUCAUGGUUCCUGUAGCGAAGAGGUGCUUUCUAGUGGUACAGAAGCUAAAAAAUUACCUAUAAAUUCAACCCAAGAGAUUGACAAUGAGAAAAACAGCCAAACAUCCGAAGAUUCUAUGGCAUCAUGUUCCCUGAUCAGUAAGUCAGAGGCAUAUGAGAGAAAGGUAGAAAGCACCAUAAAAGAUCAACAAGACCCCCCAAGAACAGGCAUUUUACAAAAUGGACCCCUUUUCAAAGUGAAGAACAAAAAUAUAGAAAAUCCAGUGUUAGAAAACACUUCUGUGGUAGGCUUGCUUGGCGACACCUCUAUUCUUGAUGACCUCUUUAAAAGUCACGGGAACAGUCCCACACGGCUGCCAAAGAAAGUUCUUUCAGAGCCUGUGGAAAAAGUAAAACAGAGACCAAAAGAUUUCUGGGACAUCUUGAAUGAACAGAAUGACGACAGUCUUAGUAAACUCACUGACUUGGCAGUGAUUGAAACUCUAUGUGAAAAAGUUCCCCGCACUUCAUCCUCCAAAAGGAAAGAGAAGCUCGAAACUUCUCUUUGGAAAUCAAAUGAGAAAUUCUUGUGGAAGAAAUUUUACUCAGCUGAUGCAGAAGAAAGCACAACUAAUACACAAGAAUAAUACAUAAACAAAGGAAUUACUGCACCAAAGAGCUUCAGCCAUCAAUGUUGACAUCAUAUUCCACACUGAUUAUGUUAUCUUGACACAGUUGUCAAAAUACAUUUUUAUUAAAACUCUUGCUCAAGGGAUUUUUAGUCUAAAAUAUUACCAUGUAUUUGUUUUCCUUGUUACUUGAUUUGAUCUUUUUAAACAUACGGCUGUAUUAUAGUAUAAACUUCUGUUAUGAAAUGGAAAAGAUUUCAGAUGUGUUAUCAAGACCUGACGCGUCUCUCUAAUUUUGUAAUUACAUGACCUUAGGUAAGUGUCCCUGCGUCCAGCUGGUUCCCAGCGGGAAAGAUGAAGGCUUGAACUAGACCAGUGUGAGUCCCCUUCUGGUUUAUGUUUUUUAAAUCAUGGGCCAAAUUGAGCUCACCCCCCAAAUCAGGUGUAUAUUGAUGUGUUUGGGAAAUGAUUAAAUAGCAUUUUCUUUCCCUCAGUAUCAUGUACUUCUG